CCGCACAGCCCGGGAAAGGCUGUCCCAGCACUCGAUCCGCUGGAAUCCCGCCACACAGCCAGGGAAAGGCUGUCCCAGCUGCUGAUCCACGCAGCCCAGGGAAAGGCUGUCCCAGCUCUUCAUCCGCACAGCCCAGGGAAAGGCUGUCCCAGCUCUUCAUCCGCACAGCCCAGGGAAAGGCUGUCCUAGCGCCCGAGCCGCUGGGAUUCCGCCGUACAACCCAGAGAAAGGCUGUCCCAGCUGCUGAUCCACGCAGGCCAGGGAAAGGCUGUCCCAGCACUCGAUCCGCACAGCCCGGGGAAAGGCUGUUCCAGCUCCUGAUCCGCCCGUCUUCCGCCGCCCAGCCCGGGAGGGGCUGCCCCGUUCCGGGACAGAUCCCGGCCAUGUUCGCGGUUUGGGUGGUGCUGUGUCAGCUGCAUGUGACGGUGCUCGCGUUUCCUCACUGCCCUGGGAGAUUAAAUCACUUGAAGCAGCCGGAAUGGAGAGAUGUGUUCACAUCUGCAAGGGAGGCCAAUUUAUUCAUUGGACGACAUCUUCUGAACAACAGAUUUGAUUUUGAAGCAUUCACAGCCGAUAACCUGGAAAGGGAAUGCUAUGAAGAAGUCUGCAAUUAUGAAGAAGCAAGAGAAAUUUUUGAAGACCCUGAUAAAACGAUGGAUUUUUGGAAAGACUAUUCAACUAAAGGACCUAAAAUAAAAAUAGGUGAUGAGGCACUACAGAAGAUCAAUGUCACAGGGCUGCUCAUCAGCCUGGUUGCUGCUGGGGUACUGUUGGUUAUAAUUGUUCUGAUUAUCUUCUACUGCUGCAAGAGCAGAUGCAAAUCAAGGCAACCACCAGGGUACUUGGGUUACGUGAGGAGCAGGAGACGGAAUUCAGCCAGCAUCUUCAGGAGGCACGAGGAGUUCUCCUUAAACCCCGUUCCCGUCGGUGCUGACGAGUCAGGGCUGCCCACCUACGAGCAGGCAGUGACCUCUGAUGCUGUGCCCCCACCCCCGUACCCAGGGCCCCCCAGGCACCCACGGUUCUUCCAAAAGUCCAUGUCCCUCCCUGGCCCCUAGGCACAAACCUCCUGCUGGGCCGAGGGGGAUUGCUGGACCAUAACAUGCUUUUGAAAAAAGUGCGUGCUACCUUGCAUAUUGCAAGAUGAUUUACAGAAAUGUGAAAGAUCUUCUGCACAACGAGGAAGGAGUGAAGUUCCCAUGUGGGAAAAGAGACACAAAGGCUGCAGGACUGUUCUUUGCACAAAGGCACUGUGCCAAGAGGAGAGAAUGCAUAAAGAGCAAAUUUUGUACUGCUGCCCUCUUCCAUAUGAGCCAACCCAUCAAACUAUUGAUGCUUCAUUAAUAGUUUCAUCUUCUUUUUCUUCAGAAAGAAGAGUAUUUUAAUUGCUCAUAUUGACAUUAGCUAUUUUUUGUGACUUAAUAUUUUAAACCACCGUAAGAAGUCUAUUUUGUUGUUUGGCAUAUUCACUUCUUUGUAGGUUGAAUUUUCUAUUCAUUCUUGUAAUAGAUUGGAGUGUGAAAAUUAUUUUGUGAC